AUGGCUGCGCCGCCGUCCAUACCGCCCAUGGUUAGCAGCGACAGCUUGAGUCCCGACUUUAACACUCCUGCCGCUCCGAACGAUGACGCCGCGCCCGCUUCGCCCAUCGACGAUGCAGUCGCACCUGCGUCGCCCGAACAGCGCGCGCCGCCUCAAGACACGCAAACACAACAACGCGUGCAAGAAGUUCUGCACUCAGAUAUUGGUGUUACAACGCUUUUGAAUCGACUGAAAGCCAGCAUCGCGAGCGCCCGAGACUUCGCCAGCUUUCUCAAGCGCCGCGGGGCCCUUGAAGAGGAACAUGCUGGCAGCCUGAAGAAGCUCUCCCGGCUGACCUUGGACGGCUUACGCAAAGCUGAUACCCGCCACGAGUCGUACGCAACCCAAUUCGAGCAAGUCCUCCACGCGAACGAGCGCAUCGCCGACCAUGGCACCCAAUUUGGGCUUGCCCUGCAUGCCAUGCACGAGAACCUUCUGCAAUUGGCGAACAGGAUGGACGCAAACCGCAAGUCGCUGAAGCAAACCGGUCUUGCGGCCGAGAGCAAAGUCCAGGAUGCCGAGAAGCUUGCUGAGAAAGCUAAGGCGAAGUACGACCAGCUAGCUGAAGACCUCGAUCGCGUCAAAACGGGUGAUACGGGUGCUGGCAGAAAGUUUGGGCUGAAAGGUCCCAAGUCGGCAGCUCAGCACGAGGAAGAUCUCCAACGAAAGCUACAAGCCGCCGAUCAGGACUACGCAAGCAAAGUCCAGACAGCACAAGCUUACCGCAAGGAGCUGUUGGCGUCAGCGCGCCCACAGGCCGUCUCCGGCCUACUGGACCUUAUCAAAGAGACAGAUGCGGCGCUGACUAUGGAGAUGCAGAAAUAUGCGUCAUUCAACGAGAAGCUGGUCGUCAACAAUGGCCAGGUCGUUAGCCCACAACCGCUCAAGGGCAGCACAGCACAACCUCAACCAAGUGUCAAUCAACUCAUUUACCAGAUUGACAAUGACAAAGACUUUGAAGACUACAUUUUGAAGAAUGGUUUUAAGGCCUCCACAGUCAGGCCAGAGCUGAGUUACGUCAAGCAUCCCACACAAGCACCUGCACAGACCUAUCCUUCCAUGACUCCGACCAAUAAUGAUCGUCGAACGUCGGUACCUCCACAGAUUCAGCCGCCAGUUUCAUUCCCACCCCAGCAACUAGAGGCAAAUGGUUCUUCGUUCCAGCAGCAGCAGCAACAGCCUCAGCACCUCGAUUCAGACCCCCAAGCCGGUUACUCCGCGUACCAGGCACCAACUCAGUCGGUGCAGGCCCAAGCUCCUUCGUACGGGAAGUCUCCCUACUCUCCAGUUGCAGCAAACUCGUUCUCACAGCCCGAAUAUCCACGCGGGCCUGUCGGACAGGCAACAGCGCAGCAGACGAGUGGCAUACUGUACAAUAACCCUCAGCCACCGAUCAACCCGGUCUUCGGUAUCACUCUCGAGGACCUCUUUCAUCGGGAUGGAUCACCAGUGCCUAUGGUAGUAUACCAAUGUAUUCAAGCGGUCGAUCUUUUCGGAUUGGAGGUUGAGGGCAUUUACCGAAUACCUGGAACGUCCUCUCAUAUCCAACAAAUGAAGGCGUUGUUUGAUAGCGACGCAUCUCAAGUUGACUUCCGGAACCCUGAAGCAUUCCAACACGACGUCAAUAGCGUUGCCGGUCUGUUGAAGCAGUUCUUCCGGGAACUCCCCGACCCACUUCUUACCAGAGAGUUCUACAACAAAUACAUCGAUGCUGCGCGAGUCGAUGACGAUACCAUGCGCCGAGACUCAAUGCAUGCGCUCAUUAAUGCACUCCCGGAUCCUAAUUAUGCGACCCUUCGCGCUCUCGUCCUGCACUUGCACCGAGUGCAGCAGUCUUCGGAGAUCAAUCGCAUGAGCACAGCUAAUCUUGGCAUCUGUUGGGCGCCGUCAAUCAUGGGUCCCCACAAAGGCAAUAACAUGGCAGACGCCGGGCUUCAAGCUCGCGUCAUAAUAACUAUUCUGGACAAUGUGUUGCAAAUAUUCGACGAAGAUUAG